CCUCUUUUCAUUUCCCAUCUUUUGGAUAAUUCUAGUCCAGAGCUGAAAUUCAUUUCUGCAUCCCAACAUGUCCGACCACCAAGAUCCAAAUCCCCACUACGCACACCCUGUCCAUCCCUAUCGUCGACAGCACAGCUAUGGACCUCCGCUCCCUUCCUGCCAGCUAAAUCCACCAAUCAUCCAUGACGCUAGAUACUCCAUGAACCCACCCAGUGUCACGCAGAGAAGCAGCACAGACUACUACACGCAGAGGCCCAAUACCUCUGUUCGCCUCCAACGUUCCCAAACCAUGCCUCUACCCCAGGAGCCAAGGAUCGGCCGUGAAGAAGCCGGUAGGGAGCGCAGCCUAGAAGGAAGCAUCUUCGGCGGUGCGAGCGGGUAUUGCCUUGGCCAUAUGAAGGGGCAUGAGGUUCUCGGGCCGCUGGGCGGAGACUCACCGGGGAAUUAUCUGUGGGAUCGGAUGGACGAUCGCAAACGAGAGGAGCAUAAUGGCUGGGGAUAUGAGUUUAAUGAGCAUGACCGCCAUUGCCGUCAUCAUUGUGGGCAUGGGUUUCAUUGUGAUUGUGCGAGGUACUAAGUUGCUGCAACCAUAUGCCUUGUUGAAGC